CAGACGCUCGCCGCGAUACCAGCUACCUCAUUAAGAAUCGGCAACGAAGGAACCGACAAUGUCGCACUCGGUAACUAUAAGAACGCAAACCGUGACGAACAACUCGACGGCAGUCAUCAUCAACACCGGCUACUUGAAAACGUGGACCGGUCUCAUAAAGUUGCUGCAAGUGGCGCUGGGAAUCGUUUGUGUAACUAUAAUCGGUCAACGAUUCACCGCGACCCAGUAUCAUGUCGCGGCUGAAUUAUUUUUCGCUCUAAUAACGACAACAUUUUUGAUCGGUACAUGUAUUCUGAUCCUAAGCUGUUUGGCUUCCCACUCGGCACCCACUAUUAUUGGGAAAACCAUAUACGACCUUAUGUAUCACUCGAUAGCGUUUGGACUGUAUCUAGCCGCUUCGUUAACGUUUCUCGUGCAUGUUUCCAAUAACAGAGGAAGCGAUAUUUUAUUGGCUGGAGCGAUCUGCGGUCUGGUGAACGCGGCACUAUAUCUACUCAACACGAUCAUUGCCGUGCGUAAUUACAGAGGAAUUUGAAGACACAGUUCCGACGUUCACAAACAGUCUUCACACCUCUGUCUCCCUUUCAAUCAUACCCUCGUUUCAUAGAAUGUAAACCGUUCGAUGUUUCAGCUACGGUUUGUACGAUGUGGCAAGAAAUUCUCAAAAUCUCGCACAAGUACAAAAACAAUUCAUUAUACUUCGACCGCGUGUAAUCGUACGCAAAAACGCGAAACAAUUUACGCUUAAGAUUACGCUGCAAGAGACCGUAACUAUGUAUGUGUUCAAACGAUAACAACGUGUACACAUCUUAACGCGUUAUCUACGUUGCGCCCAUAAACUACUACACCUACGGACGGGCAUUUGAUACUUUAUACAGGUUUUAUUUUUUAAUUAUAUUUAUACACAGUAUACCUAUACGCGUAUACGUAUAUAUACACACACAUACGCACAAGGUGUUCGGCUACUGGUAUCAGAAACUUUAACGGGCGAUUCUACGCGUCAGAAUAAAACGAAAAACAAGAAUGACGGAAUUUUGUAACGCCGGCACAUACACUGUCGUUGUGUAAGAAAUAAACACUUUUACCUGAUAGCUAAAAAACUGAUGUGUAACACCUCCACUCGCGUCUGUCUCAUAGAAACGCACACACGAAUCAUUACACGAUAUUAAACCCGGUUACUCGAUCUAUUCCAUAAGAGAAACUACGGUACACACACGCGCAGAAUAAAUAUUAAACAAAAUAGCGUAAAAUAUACCAGAAAUUACUAUAAUAAACAAAUUUGAAUUAAUACUACAAAAGAAUUCAAGGGUUACUUUACGUUGCCUAGAUGUGUUCGCGUUCACGUCUACCACCGAACUAAAGAAACCGGUACUCGAAUCCUCCGCAAAGGUCAGAAAAGUAACACAAAAUAUUUAAACAGCGAGGAGAUAUCGUACUACCUGGCCUUCGGUAGGGUCGCUAACGGUCGCGAAAUGACCUGCAGAUAUUAUGAUUGGCAACAAAGGAAAUGUACGUCACGUAUAUUCUGCUAUAACUGAAAACUAAGGGCGUAUUUUUCUCAGAGGACACGUGUACGCACUGUGACUGUUGUAUGCAAAUUAGCCUGGUUUCAGGCAUUCCCAAUCCCACUAUUUGAUUGUUAAUAUCUAUGA